AUGGAAGAAGAGGCAGCAAACUUCAUCAUCAAAUCAGGCACCGACUUGUUUGUUUCCCGCAGUCGUGAUGUUUUUGCUAGUCUAGGUGCACUAGAGGACAAACACUCAGCCUUCCUGAAGGCAACUGCACAGACUCGAGAAAAAGAUGAUGCUGAUUUAUUGAAACAUGACCCAGAUGAGGAUAAUGAGAUUAUGAAUCAAAGUAACAACAGAAUUUCUGAUUCAGCAAAGACCCAGCUUAGCCAAACCAGAGAUGUGGAUUACGAACGAAGACCACACAGUCGUUCACCACGAAGAGAAAAAUCGAGUGGGGCCGAGGAUAAGAAUCAAACUGUCCAGUUCAAGUUCAAAAGACCAGCUCGACCUCCCCAGAAGUUCCGCCGGCAGCCGGUCCCAGAUUUCAGAAAACAUCCAGAGAAGUACACAGAAUAUUCUCUUGAUGAUGUUUCUGAGAAUGACAUGUCAGAAAGGACCAAUCAGACAGCUGCAUUUGAAUUUCUGGUAGAGCGAAAACUGGAAAGAGAAAAACAGGAACGGUUAUUAGCAGGUUUGCCAGAAGAAGAAAUGAAAUUUGAUUCUUCUGAAGCUGCCUGUUCACAUGGGAAGAUAACGUUUUCUCGUCCAAAACAGCAGAUGAAAUCUGUUGCAUCAGAUAAGUCUGUGAACAAAGAUGAGAUAUCAACAUUGCUUCCUGCAGAAGAUCCUGCUGAUAAUGUUGAUGAAGACACAAAAGGUGCUGAUGGGACAGAUGUCACAGACGAAGAUGCUUCGGACAGAAAUGUUACUGAAUCUAAAGCGAGUUCGAGCUCUUUCAAGUCCAGAAAGAAUGUGAAACGACACAUCAGAACCAAGGACUGUGAUGCAGAUUCAGAUUAG